UUCCAUUCUUCCUUUUUCAAUUUCAUACUCUGUAUAUCGGAGCAACGGCAUUUAAGCGUGAUUUUGUAUGGUUUCGUGUACUUGCCAACCUAACGUUCGGUAAUGCGAACAUCAGAAAGUUCGCUUAGUAACAGUCUGGAUCAGUUUCAAAAGAUUCGCAUAGCUGGUGAUGGAAGAUGUUUAUUUCGAUCAGUGGUUCAUGGGGCUUGUCUCAGAUCGGGCAAGCCAGCUCCAAGCGAGGUUCUCCAAAAACAGCUCGCAGACAAUCUCAGAGAGAAUGUUGCAAAUGAGUUGAUGAAAAGGCGUUUGGACACCGAAAGGUUUAUUGAAGGUGACUUCAGCCAGUAUGUUAGACGGAUGCGCCAACCACACGUGUGGGGAGGAGAACCUGAGUUACUUAUGUCUUCACAUGUCCUACAGAUGCCAAUCUCAGUCUACAUGUGGGACAAGAACACGGCAAAUCUUAAACUCAUAGCUGAGUAUGGGCAGGAGUAUGGUAAAGAAAAUGCUAUCCGCGUCCUUUUUCACAGCUACGGACAUUAUGAUUCAUUGAAGGCUCCAUGCAGUUGACGAUGUGCAUAGUUGAGAACUCUCCAUGGAAACUGGCUGAAAGAGAGAUCAUGAACGGUUGGUGAUACACUCGGUUACUUCGGGCGAUCAGAGCCAAAAAUAUCUAUUAGGUUGGAACUUGUACUUUGAGUCUUGUAUACCAUUCAGUCUGUAUGUUAAAGAAAAUGUAAUAAUUGAGUUUUUUA